AUGCCUCCCCUUCUUCCCCCCACAUAUCUUUAUUUUGACAUGUAUUAUGACUGGAAUAGUGGUUUCUACCCUUGGCUUUUUAUUAUCAUUGUUUAUUAUUAUUUUACCUUUUUUUUUUCUUUUUUUUUUUUUUUUUUUUUUUUUGCGUUUGAAUACAAGAGCAUAAAAACAAAAGUAAAAAUAUUCAUGUCCCAUCCAAGUGAACCCAAUCGCUUCUGUGAGAGAACAGACGAGAAAGUUGUAAAUGUUAAGAAAAGCACAAUUGUUCUUUUUGACUGGGAGGAACGUGAUGGAACACGGUCGGAGGAUUAUUUGCCUUCUUCUGAACUGGAUGUAACCCCUCAAGAAGACGACGAAGCCAGUGAAGAGGUUCGCAUUGGAGUCAUUGAAAACGCCAGUCUUUUUAAGUGCGCGUUUAAUAUAUUUAAGGGAAAUGUGGGAUCUGCCGUUUUUCUUUUACCCACCUUCUACAAGGAUUCUGGGUACAUUAUUUCCCCAAUUAUUGGAUUGCUUAUUGGGUCUAUUGUUGUAGAUUGUUCUCGAUUACUCGUCCGCGCUAAAACAAAGGUAAACCGGAAAUCCGUUUCAAAUUAUUUAGAACUUUGCGAUUUUGUCCUUGGGAACCCCUUUCGCUAUGUUCUUCUUUUGGCCUUGCUUUUGACACAAUUCGGGUUUUGUUUGCUCUACCUACAGCUUUUUGGUGGAUCUAUGGCAAAACUGGUGCCAAGUUUUUCAGGAGAUGAUUAUGUUUGGAUGACCGUUAUGUUUGCCCUUGUUCUUCCAGUGUCGUUUUUUAGCGACAACUUGUCGUUUCUCGCGAUUAUAUCCAUCAUUGCCACAAUAUGUGUUUUUUUCGCGUUGAUUUCUACAGCCGUUCUGUCGUUUAUGACACUUCAUGAAAAAGGCGUGGAACCGAGCACGACACGUUUUGGGACUUCUGUGCCACUUGGUUGGUUUAAUAAUAUGGCAAAUAAUAUGAUGAUGCUUGAGGGAAUUGGUGUUGUUUUACCCGUUGAAAAUUCAUGCAAGAACAAACCCCGAUUUUCUCUGCUGAUCACCGUUGUUCUGUACCUGGUUGUUGGUUGGUAUUUGCUGUAUGGUUUGAGUGGAUAUCUGGCCCACGGUGAGGUGCUUAAAGUCUCGCUUGUGGAUGCGCUUGAUGUGAACCCAUUUUCCAUUGCUGUGCGUGUUGCAUUUACAGUCAAUAUCAUAUGCACAUAUCCCAUCCUUUUUAUGCCCGGGAUCUUGCAACUUGAUUCACUUUUUGGGUGGCCCCCACGAUCGCGGAAAGGAAUCUUGAUGAGAAUUGUAAUAAGUCUUAUUAUUUAUGGUAUUGCAAUGGGUGCGGGAACUGGUGCUGUGAAUAUUGUUGUUUCUUUGAUCGGUGCACUUCCAGCGGUAGUCAUGUUAAUACUAUUACCCUCAUUGCUUUCACUGUGUCUGGAAAACAGUGUCGAAGAACCUCAUGAACCCAGAGUGACUUGGGUAUACUGGCGCCACAACCUAUUUGGCAGACGAUGCACUUUAAUAAGGUUACGUGUCUACAUUUAUUUAUGCCUUGGCAUUGUUAUUAUGGUUGUGGGGACACUCAGCGUUGUGAAGGGUUUAGUGGAGUGA